GUUUGCCUGUUUCUGUCACUUGUUUAUUUCAUCCGGUUGUGGUGAGUUCAUAGACCACGUUGUUUUCCUGACGAACUCAACCUGACGUAUAUAAACAGAUACAUAUAUAAGUUUUAACAAAUGGAUGCCACAUCGUCUGUGACCAAAGAUGGUGAAGUAUCAGAAAACACAAAGAUACCCGUUGCAGAAAAUAAACCAGAAGCGUCUCUGUCAGAUGAAAUUUCCAAACAGAAUAAGGACACAGAAGUAACACAGUCUUCUCACGCUAAUGCUGCAGACACUAAUAACUCCAGUACCAAAAUAGGGGUCAGUGAUCGUAAAGGAGAAGCAAAAAUUAAGGCUCAAUAUCUGCUACUGGACUACAAACCGAAAAUAGAUACCGAAUUUGUUGCAAAAGAGACUCAAAACACCUUAAAACAUCUCAACGAAGAGAACUCGGAAAAUUCAAGUUUGGAACCUCCUGCCAAAAAGUUACGAUUAAAAGGACGGAACAAGAAAAGACCCUUUGAGAGAAAGCUAAAGGCUUGCGAGAAAUUAUGCAGCAGCAUCAUUCAGGAGAAAGAAUGUGCAUAUGGCCCUAAGUGCAUAUUUCUGCAUGAUGUGAAAGCAUUUUGGGAAUCCAAACCUGAAGACAUCGGCCCGGAGUGCCAUCUGUUUACCAAAUUUGGCAGAUGUCCCUACAGCUUUUCUUGCAGGUUUGCCCGGCACCACAUAUCUGAAACGUUGGAAAAUAUGGUAAAUAAAGAGAUCUAUGAAGGGGUGCCGUUAUCCAGAAAUAGCGUAAACCACUUAGAUAAGGAUGUACAGAGACUUCUGUGGAAGAGGAAAUAUGAUUUCAGUAAAUCUCAGAAGGUUCUGGAGGAAUUAAACACGAAAUCAAGCACAAACAAUGUACUGGAAGAUGGCCAUAAAGCGGAUAUGAAGAAAUUAGACGCAGAUUCUUCCAGCCAGAAUAUUGGUUUUGUAUCUGAUGAAGAUCUCAUCAAAUUAAGACCAGCUGAAAAGAAAAAAAUUGACUUUUCAAACAAACUCUUUCUUGCACCUCUCACUACAGCUGGUAAUUUACCAUUCCGUCGGUUGUGCAAGGGUUACGGCGCAGACAUCACUUGCAGUGAAAUGGCUGUGGCUACAAGUCUUCUCCAAGGUAAAACAGAAUGGGCUCUUCUCAAACGACAUGAAUCUGAAGAUAUUUUUGGUAUCCAGUUGUGUGGUGCCCAUAUGGAUUCCAUGACUCGCUGUGCCCAACUCAUUCAAGAGAACUGUAAAUUUGACUUUGUGGACAUUAACUGUGGUUGCCCUAUCGAGCUGAUAUACCAGAAGGUAAGUGAAACUCUUCAUCAAUCCAAGGAUCUGAAAACAAUAACACCGCCUUCGCUAAGGUGGAGGUUGUCUCCCUUGGUUUUUAUCUUCAACACCGACCCGAUUAAUGACUUUUUUAUAUUUGCUUCUGUUUUUCAAUCAGGUAAUGGGGAUGUUCUUUCAUUCGAAGAUGCCAAUUCCUUUUUAAGCAACACAUACGCUAAAGGGGUUAUGAUUGCAAGGGGAGCACUUAUCAAACCGUGGAUCUUCACAGAGAUUAAAGAACAACGCCACUGGGACAUAUCUUCCAACGAACGCUUAGACAUGCUCCGUCAGUUCGUUAGGAAUGGUUUUGAACACUGGGGAAGCGACCAUCAAGGUGUUGAGACUACCAGAAGAUUCCUUUUAGAAAUGUUGUCUUUCUCUCAUCGAUAUAUACCAGUCGGUGUUCUUGAGCGUGUUCCUCAGAAAAUCAAUGAGCGUCCACCAUAUUACGUAGGCCGAGAUGAGCUUGAAACCCUGAUGUCCAGUUCAAAUUGUAGAGACUGGAUAAAAAUUAGUGAGAUGUUGCUGGGCCCAGUUACAGAGAAUUUCCAAUUUUUACCAAAACACAAGGCCAAUGCAUAUAAAUAGUAUUUUAUUUUUAUAUUAUACCCUUCUUGGAGAACAAAUAAAUAUAUAAAUAAAUAAAUGAAUGAAUAAAUAUAUAUAAACAGAUACCCGUAUGUAACUGCUAAAAUAUUCUAUCAGAGAACUGUUUAACAUUAAGUCUGUCUACAAGUUGACAAAGAAGACAAUCAGCAGUAACUCAAACAGGAAUUAUGGCCAAUAAACCAGUUUCAAAGAAA